AUGGUCGGUGGAAGGCAACCCGACAUGGCGGCCGACAAGCGGCAAAUUCUGGUCUGCAUCAACUGUCGAAGCCGGAAAAAGAAAUGCGACAAGACGCUGCCUUCAUGUGGUUAUUGCGUCAGGAAGCGAUUACAAUGUGCAUACUCUAGGCACACCGCCGGUCGACAGGAUGCGCCCCUCAGCAGAACAGAGAGAAACGGAGGGAUAGUCCCACAUCAAACAGGUCUCUCGCCGUUUUGGGGCACGGUUUUAUCAGGGCCGGGGAAUCUGGAAAUAAGCGUUCACGCUGAGGUCAAUCGCUUGAUCCGCUCCACUGGCCAGUUCGUUGAUGACAUCACUGCACGAUAUUUCAAAGACGUCCAUAUGUUUCUCCCGGUCAUCGCCCGCUCUCGCUUUCACAAUAGUCUUCUCACCCUAGGGGCCACCCCUUCCGCAGACUUAUCCAUCCUACUACUUUGCAUGUGCCUCAUUACCCCAGACCCUGAGCCGAGAAAUUCUUCCCCUACCAGCAAGACGAGUCAAAACACCUUAUAUCUAUCGGCCAGGUCGAUCUUCGCACAGCUGCAGGCUAUGAUAUCUCCUUCAGUAAGCUUCAUACAAGCGGGGCUACUAUUGGGGGUUUACGAGUAUGUCCACGGGCAAAGCGAUCGAGGUCUUGCAACUAUAUCGAAUGCCGCGCGAAUGGCUUAUGCUGCUCGCAUUCAUACUCUCAAUGUCAGCUCGAGACACGAAGAGCAAGCCAGCCAUAGUUUGCAGCCAGAAGAAGCUGAGCCUUUGAAUACCUGGUGGGCUCUCAUCAUCUGGGAACGUACUAUGAUGCUGGAAGUGACUACCAAAGAUCAGCCAUUCAUCACAAGUGUCCCUCCCGAAAAUACGGCACUUCCAACGGAGCCUAACUCAAUUGAUCAGGGUAUUCCAGUGUUCUCAAGCACUCCGGUACCCAAGAUCCUCGUCUCUACCCCCCACGAAGUGCAUGUUGGUGGUUUCGGUCGUCUUGCUCAAGCAAUCAUGCUAGUGGAUCAAAUUCUUAAAGCCUUCAGCAUAUGCGAUGUCGACGCACGACUUUCCACGCUUCACAAUCUAAACACCUCGCUCCAGUCAUUCCUAGAAGUGGUCGUAAAACAACACUCGGGGAAGCCCUCAUCAUAUUGUUCAGCUGUGGUUAUUGCUAUUAGAUCACUUUUCAGCCUCCAUGGACACAUCAUUCAAUUGACUUCAGCAGAAACUGCUGAAGGUGGCAGACAUGCUGACAACACUGAUUCCUUUGCUGCAAUUCGUACUGGGAUCACAAUGACUUUGGAUAUCGCUGAAUGGCACGAAUCUAGGCCUCCGCACAUGGGUCUCAUGCUUCCUCCAAAUUAUGUAUACCUAUUACGUGCCACACUUUCGCACAUGGAGCAUGGCUCGCUCUCUGAAGAUGGAAAUAGGGCUCAGGAUUCGAGGAAAUGUCUCGAGCGCUCCCUAGCCCAAUUUGGACGUCUUUGGGGCAUAGCGUAA